AUGGCGGAUUCCAAUCUACCUCUCCCUCUUCCACCAGGAGUCACAGAAUCAUAUCUCCCCUCCCACGACCUCACGUACCAUGUCCUCAGCGCUGGCCAGCGUGGCAACCCUCUCGUACUCUGCCUACAUGGCUUCCCCGAGCUGGCUUUCUCGUGGCGAAAGAUAAUGCCAGCAAUUGCAGCUGAAGGCUAUCAUGUCGUAGCAUAUGACCAGAGAGGAUAUGGGCGAACCACCGGUUGGGAUACGCGCGAGUUUUCUUCUGUUGAUUUAAAUACUUUCACGUUUACACGCCUGGUACGAGAUGCUGUUAUACUUGUGAACGCAUUGGGUUAUAAAGAGGUAGCUUGUGUUAUUGGCCAUGACUUCGGAGCCGUUGGUGCGAGCAUGUGUGCCUUGAUGCGGCCAGAUUUGUUCAAAUCUGUUGUCAUGAUGUCCCACCCAUUCAAAGGCUCUCCGUCUCUCCCCUUCGAUAUCGUGUCGAAUCCGAAGCCCGCCCCAGAGAAGGAAGAUGUCCACAAGGCAUUGGCCGAGCUUCCAGAACCGCGGAAGCAUUACAAAUGGUAUUAUUCCACCAAUCCUGCAGCCGCAGAGAUGGACAAGCCGAGGGAAGAUCUCCAUGAUUUCCUUCGAGGGUAUUUUCAUCUGAAAAGUGCUGAUUGGAAAGGUAAUGAUCCGAAGCCCUUAAAUGCAUGGGAAGCCACCGAACUUGCAAAGCUACCAUACUACUACGCUAUGCCUCUUGAAGCUACUAUGCGCCAAGCCGUGAAGAUCUCCAUGGACGGCGAGGAUCCCACCACUGUCUCAAGAUUAAGUGCGAGGUGGCUGACCGACGAAGACUUGGCCCUGUAUGUGCAGGAGUUUGGACGGAAUGGGUUCCAAGGAGGACUCAAUUGGUACCGCGUGGCUACCGACCCAAACAAUAUGAAAGACGUCGAGUUAUUCGCAGGGAAGAAGAUCGAAGUUCCUGCUCUCUUCAUCUCAGGCAAGAAGGACUGGGGCACUUACCAAGAGCCGGGUGUGGUGGAAAAGAUGGGCGAAGUGUGCAGCCGCUUUAGAGGCACAGUUCUUGUGGAUCACGCUGGACACUGGCUUCAGCAAGAGCAGCCAGAGAAGGUCAUCGAAUUGGUCUCGAAAUUCCUGCACGAUACCACGGUCGACUGGAUAUCUCAUUGACGGUGACACAGUGACGUAUGCAAUCAAUCCGAGCAGUUGUCUUUAUGCACCAACCAAAAGUGUCCCACCGAUGGGCGAUUUCACUGGGCAUCGGGGUUCUUUUGGACGAUCUAGUGGUUCGAUGUCUGCGUGCGAAGGUGUGGAGGUGUCAGGUUCGUCGGAGACAAUCAGGUUAUCUGCUUCAGACUUGGCGAUCCCCGCAAUUCGAGGGGAUUCGAAGCCGUGCGCCACCGUUUGUGCAGGGGCUUUGAACAUCCUGCCCUGCCAAUCGUCCCGCAUAAUUAGAUGUCAACCCCGGAAAAUGCGGUAACUUGGAGUCGAACCCUCACUCUAGUGUCAGAUGGCAUUUCUCUGCAUCAGAUAAGUGACGAGUCCAAUCAUCAAGCCGUAUCAAAACGUUGAUCCGUUUGGGGAAGUCAUG